CGCUCAUAAGCCUCCACAGACACGCGUGUCCUCUCAGAAGCGAUGCAGGAGUUUGCGGAUCGCAGUAGACCGAGCGCCGAGCGCCGCUCCUGACAUGCAUCCUGCAGCUCCACAGCAUUAGGAGCAAACUUUUCUGUGUUUUUGGGUGGUUUCUGUGCUGUUCACUUCCACUUGGGUCCCUCGCCAUGGAGUACUGGAGGCAGUGCGCGCUGUGGCUCAUCAGCUGUAACGUCCUGCCGGCGAACCACAGGGUGACUGCGGACACGGCGCAGGUGUUCGACCUGGCGCAAACCCUGCGGGACGGGGUUCUGCUGUGCCAGCUGCUCAACAAUCUAAGACCUCACACCAUCACAAUGAAGGACAUCAAUCUGAGGCCGCAGAUGUCACAGUUCCUGUGCCUGAAAAACAUUCGGAUGUUCUUGACCUGCUGCUGCGACAUGUUUGGGAUGAAGAAAAGCGACCUGUUCGAGGCCUUUGACCUUUUUGAUGUUCGAGAUUUUGGAAAGGUUAUGGACACUCUGUCCAGACUCUCUCACACGGCAGUUGCACAACAAGGAGGGUUCAAGCCCUUCCCGACAGAGGAGACUAAAGACGAGGACAUUUACAAUAAUCUGGAAGACCUGAUUGAUGAGAACGUCCUCGAGGAUGAAGACGAGUUGUACGCAGCGGUGUAUGGGCUGGAAGAAGACUACGCAGGUGGUGAGAUCUAUGAAGACCUCAUGAGGACUGAGCAACAUCCCCCUUUGCCUUUGCAGGCAGAAGUUGAUGUUCGGAGCUGCUGCCUCACUGAGAUCAAACAGACGGAAGAAAAUACAGAGACUCUGGAGUCCAUCGAGAAGUAUUUCCUGAAUCCUUUGAGGAAAUUCUUCUCUGCAGCUGAAAUUGAGAGUUUUGUCAACAUUCCAGACCUGGUUAAACUUCACAAGAACCUGAUGGUUGAUGUUCAAGAUUCUAUCCUUAACAAAAAUGCCUUAAAUCUCUACCAGAUCUUCAUCAACUACAAAGAAAGAUUUCUUAUUUAUUGGAUAUACUGCAGCCGGGUAGAGCGCGCCAUCGCUGGUUUAGACCUCAUCUGCAAAGAGAAAGAGGACGUCUGUUUGAAGCUGGAGGUUUUGCUCCAAAGGGCCAACAAUGGGAAGUUUACACUGAGGGACCUGCUGGUGGUGCCCAUGCAGAGAGUACUAAAGUACCAUCUCCUUCUUCAGGAGCUUGUCAAACACACUCACGAUGCUGCUAACAAGAAUAACUUGAAGAUUGCUCUUGAUGCCAUGAAGGACCUGGCCCAGUAUGUCAACGAGGUGAAGAGAGAUAAUGAGACUCUAAGGGAGAUCGAACAGUACCAGAGAUCAAUUGAAAACCUGAAUCAGUCUCUACUCACCUAUGGUCGACCAAAAGGAGAUGGAGAGGUGCGCAUGGUCUCCAAUGUUGACAAGAGGAAGCAAGACAGACACAUCUUUUUAUUUGAUGUAGCUGUCAUUGUUUGCAAGAGACGUGGAGACAACUAUGAGAUGAAGGACAUACUGGAUCUCAACUUCUUUAAAGUCACCAACAACCCCACCUCUGACCGGGAGGGUAAAAAGUGGUGCUACGGGUUUUACGUGACGCACCAGCAGGGUCAGAUGGGCUUCGAGCUGUUUUUUAAGACGAGGGAGCUGAAGAAGAAGUGGCUGGAUCAGUUUGAGAUGGCCAUAUCAAAUAUCCGACCAGAGAAGGCCAACCACAACUGCCACCAGUUCAAGAUGCACACCUUCGAACGAAUCACCUCCUGCAGCUUCUGUCACCUUUUGCUCAGGGGGAUCUUUAACCAGGGUUAUCUCUGUCUGAAGUGUGGGCUGGGGGCCCAUAAGGAGUGUUUGGGUCGACUAGGACCCUGUGGGAGGACAGAUUGUACCAAGAUGAGGCUCAAGGAGAACACCACCCCACCGGACCCAGGUUUACCCAAGAUGGUUGUGAUCAGAGACUACAGUGGCAUCCCCUGUCCCCAGUGUGGGCCCCCACUAAGCAUUCAUGCGGGGGAUGUCAUCGAGCUGAUGUUUGGUGACGUGCACAGCUCAUGGUGGCAGGGCAAAAUUCUGGCGACAAGCAAGAUUGGCUUCUUUCCAAGUGACGCUGUGAGGCCUUGCCCAUGUGUUCCAAAACCUGUCGAUUACUCUGCCCAGCUCUGGUUUGCAGGGCCUAUGGAGAGAUACCAGGCUGAGGAGGAGCUCCUGGACAAGGAAAACAGCACCUAUCUAAUUCGACACAGGCGAAAAGAGUACACCGAAUACGCCAUUAGUAUAAAGUUCAACGAUAAAGUCAAGCACAUUAAGAUUCUGACCAAGGAUGGCUGCUUUUACAUCGCUGAGAGCCGACUGUUCAAGACUGUGCUGGACCUGGUAGAGUACUACAAGCAGCACUCUCUGAAGGAGGGCUUCAGCAGCCUUGACACCACUCUACAGGUCCCCUAUAGGGAACUGUCCAAUGGAAACAUGCCCAAGGCUGGCAGCGUUCCUCCUGGCGGCGGCGGCUUUGUUCCUCCCUCCUCGUCGCCUUUCUGGUCAGUGUUUUCUCCUCGGGUGGUGGGUAUUGCAGUGGCGCGCUACAACUUCAGCUCCAGAGACACGAGGGAGCUUUCUCUGCUGGAGGGGGACCUUAUCAAGAUCUACAACAAAAAUGCCAAUGGAUGGUGGAAGGGAGAGGUCGACGGAAGGGUGGGCUGGUUUCCCUCUACAUAUGUGGAAGAAGAGGACUGAACUGGCUGGAUGAAUGACAUCUAUUCAGCGUCCAUUCAAACCUGACCACCUCCAGUGAGCACUGUGCCACUCUCCGAGCACUGCGAGUCAGAUCUUUUUUGAUAAAAAAAAAAAAAAAAAAAAAAAAAACUCAAGCCUGGGACUUAAGACGAAACAGCAGUGCCCUCAAAAACCUCUACCUGCCCUCUGACAGACUUUCACGCAGAGCGGAUGUCAAAUCACAGAUGUCACACCAUAUCUUGCCUCUCAGUGGCCCUGUUUGCCCCCGCGGCCCAUUGGGAAGUGCAUGUGCUGUACGUAGAUAACCCACAGCCCCCUCCUUUUUCCUUCCUCACCUUGUCUUUUUAUUGAUGUCUCCAUUGGAGGAUGUGGGACUUGCCUUCACUGUCCUCGUGUUUCGAUACCAGGAAGACUCAGUCACCCAACUGGAACAAAGAUCCUGCUGACAGCGCGUCGCCUUGGUACUUAAAAUGCAGGAGACGUGGAGCAUCACCUGUAGUCGGAAAACUAUAGCCAUCCUUUUACCACAAACUCUAUGUGUAACAGACUGUUUUAAUACUCACAAAUGUAGAUGGAUGGACUAAAAUAUAUGAUAUGUAAGUACUGUUAAUAUGCUGAAAUAUUGUUUGGUGAAAAGCAAGUUUGCAAUC